GGUCCGUGUGGCCGUGACGCGGUGCCGGGCGGCCGGGAGCGAGGCACCGCGCUCCGCCGGGGCUGCUGGGCUUCUGCGCGCCCUCCCGCUCCCCGCCGCCCGCCCAGGCGCAGGCAGGGCGCAGGCGGCGGCGGGCGGCAUGGAGAGCCUGCUGGAGAACCCGGUGCGCGCCGUGCUCUACCUCAAGGAGCUCACGGCCAUCGUGCAGAACCAGCAGAGCCUCAUACACACCCAGCGCCAGCGCAUCGACGAGCUGGAGCGGCGGCUGGACGAGCUCAGCGCCGAGAACCGCAGCCUGUGGGAGCACCAGCAUCUGCUGCAAGCCCAGCCUCCGCCCGGGCUCGUGCCCCCCGCGCCAGCCCCGCGGCCGGCGACCCCGGAGUCUCUCCAGAACCACGGACAGCUCCCGGCCGCCGCGCCCCAGCCUGCGCCCGAGCAGCCGGCGGUUCAGCACCACGGACAGCUCGCGGCGCAGCCCCAGCCGGGCCCCAGCGGCAGGGCUCAAGCACCCCAGUCUCCCCACCAGCACCCGGUGGCGCCCGGGCCCGUCGCUGAGAAGGAGAAGGAGCGUACCCAGAGUUGUUGCGCCGCUGCUGCUGCUGGAACCCUCCUUCAGCACAAAUCCCCCACCGCCCUCGGCAAGGGCGUCCUGAGCAGGAGACCUGAGAAUGAGACGGUGCUGCACCAGUUCUGCUGCCCAGCUGCCGACUGCUCGGACUUGGCCUCCCAAAGUGAUGGCUCCUGCGCCCAGGCCAGUGGGGGCAUGGAGGACUCCGUGGUGGCAGCGGCGGUGGUGGCGGCCGGCAGACCCAGUGCCCAUGCCCCGAAGGCUCAAGCCCAGGAGCUGCAGGAGGAGGAGGAGCGGCCAGGGGCGGGGGGUGCGUCCCCGCGGGCCGGCCCCCACCGCGCGGCCUCCCCCAGCCACCAGCAGCCUGGCCUGGCGACAGCGCUCUGCUCCCACGCCCCCGCCGCCUCCGAUUACGAGCUCUCCCUUGACCUAAAGAAUAAACAGAUUGAAAUGCUAGAACACAAGUACGGGGGCCACCUGGUGUCCCGGCGCGCCGCUUGUACCAUCCAAACCGCUUUCCGCCAGUACCAGCUUAGCAAGAACUUCGAAAAGAUCCGCAACUCGCUGCUGGAGAGCCGCCUGCCGCGGCGCAUCUCCCUGCGCAAGGUGCGCGCGCCCACGGCCGAGAGCCUGGCGGCCGAGAAGGCGCUGAUGGAGGGCUACGGGCUCCUGGGGCUGCCGCUGGUGCGCGCGCCCUCGCUGCCCCCGCCCUUCGCGGGCACGCUCACCGAGCUCGAGGACUCCUUCACCGAGCAGGUGCAGUCCCUGGCCAAGUCCAUCGACGACGCGCUCAGCACCUGGAGCCUCAAGACCAUGUGCUCGCUGCAGGAGGGCAGCGCGUACCAGCUCCACCAGGCCCUGCACGCGGGCGCGGGGCCCCCGGGCCUGGACGCCGAGCUGCGCGAGCCCGAGGGGGUCCGAGCGGGGCCCGGGCCCGACGGGGCGGCCGAGGCCACCUGCCUGCCGCAGGGCCACAGCGGCACCCUCAUGAUGGCCUUCCGGGACGUCACGGUGCAGAUCGCCAGCCAGAACAUCUCCGUCUCUUCGUCCACUGCGCUGUCCGUGGCCAACUGCCUGGGCGCGCAGCAGGCGGCGCCGGUCCCCGCCGAAUCAGCCAUCACAGGAAGCCAAGGCCAGCAGGGCGAGGCCUCCGGGCAGGAGGUCCAGGCUGUGGCGGCGGCCGCGGCUGCACUGGGGAACGUGCCCCCCACGGACACGUGCCGGGAGGCCAGCGCUGGCGAGGCCCUGGGCGCUGACCAGGCCGGGGCCGCCGAGGCGAUGCUGGAGGAAGCUGAGCCCCUGGAGGCCGAGCUGGUGGAGGAGGAGGAAGAGGAGAUGGUGGCAGUGGCGGCGGCGGCAGCAGUAGGGGAAGUGGGGAAAGGGGCCGAGGCCGGGGAGCACUUGGAACAGCUCAGCAGCAGCAGCACAUCCACCAAAUCGGCCAAGUCGGGUUCCGAAGUAGCAGCCGCGGCGUCCAAGGAGGCCCUGCAGGCCAUGAUCCUCAGCCUGCCGCGCUACCACUGCGAGAACCCUGCCAGCUGCAAGUCUCCCACGCUGUCCACAGACACGCUGCGGAAACGGCUCUACCGCAUUGGCCUCAACCUCUUCAACAUAAACCCGGACAAGGGCAUCCAAUUCCUGAUCUCGCGUGGUUUUAUCCCUGACACCCCCAUCGGAGUGGCACACUUCCUGCUCCAGCGGAAGGGCCUCAGCCGGCAGAUGAUUGGAGAGUUCCUGGGCAACAGCAAGAAGCAGUUCAACCGCGAUGUGCUGGACUGCGUGGUGGACGAGAUGGACUUCUCCAGCAUGGAGCUGGAUGAGGCCCUGCGAAAGUUCCAGGCUCAUAUCCGAGUGCAGGGGGAGGCCCAGAAGGUGGAGCGGCUCAUUGAGGCCUUCAGUCAGCGCUACUGCAUGUGCAACCCUGAGGUGGUGCAACAGUUCCACAACCCUGACACCAUCUUCAUCCUCGCCUUCGCCAUCAUCCUCCUCAACACCGACAUGUACAGCCCCAACAUUAAGCCUGACCGGAAGAUGAUGCUGGAAGACUUUAUCCGGAACCUGAGAGGUGUGGAUGAUGGUGCCGACAUCCCCAGGGAGUUGGUGGUGGGCAUCUAUGAAAGGAUACAGCAGAAAGAACUCAAGUCCAAUGAAGACCAUGUCACCUAUGUCACCAAGGUGGAGAAGUCCAUAGUGGGCAUGAAGACAGUGUUGUCGGCGCCCCACCGCCGCCUGGUCUGCUGCAGCCGACUCUUCGAGGUGACAGAUGUGAACAAGCUGCAGAAGCAGGCUGCCCAUCAGAGAGAGGUGUUCCUCUUCAAUGACCUGCUGGUGAUUCUCAAACUCUGCCCCAAGAAGAAGAGUUCCUCCACGUACACCUUCUGCAAGUCAGUCGGCCUGCUGGGCAUGCAGUUCCACCUUUUCGAGAAUGAAUAUUAUUCUCAUGGAAUCACCCUGGUGACCCCACUGUCCGGCUCUGAGAAGAAGCAGGUGUUGCAUUUCUGUGCCCUGGGCUCGGACGAGAUGCAGAAGUUUGUGGAGGACCUGAAAGAGUCCAUUGCAGAGGUGACCGAACUGGAGCAGAUCCGGAUAGAGUGGGAGCUGGAGAAGCAACAGGGAGCAAAGACACUCUCCUUCAAGUCUGGGGGACCCCAAGGGGACCCACAGUCCAAGCAGGGAUCGCCUACAGCCAAAAGGGAGACUGCGCUGGGGGAGAAGGCCGCCGAGAGCACGGUGGAGGUGUCAAUUCACAACAGGCUUCAAACGGCCCAGCACAGCCCCGGGCUGGGGCCCGGCCCGGGUGCCCCGAAGCCGCUGCCAGACCUGCAGCCUAGCCCCUUGAGAGAGCAGCCCCCGCCACCUCGGCUGCCGCCGCCCACGCCCCCGGGGACUCUGGUGCAGUGCCAGCAGAUCGUCAAGGUCAUCGUGCUGGACAAGCCCUGCCUGGCCCGCAUGGAGCCCCUGCUGAGCCGCGCGCUGUCCUGCUAUGCCUCCUCGUCCUCCGACUCCUGCGGCUCCGCCUCCCUGGGGGGCCCGGGCUCCCCGGUCAAGGCUGGCCACCAGCCUCCGCUGCCCCCACCGCCCCCGCCCUACAACCACCCGCACCAGUUCUGCCCCCCCGGCUCCCUGCUGCACCGCCGCCGCUACUCCAGCGGCUCCCGGAGCCUGGUGUAGACGCCGGGGCCCUGGGCCUCGCCGCUGCGCCCAGGCCGCUCCUGUUUCCGAAAGAGAGCCCCCCUCCCCGGAACCUGGGUCCAGCUCUCCCCUCCGCCCAGCUCCCCUGGCCGAGCCGAGCACCAUCCCCCCAAAUCCAGAAGCAGGAUCUCACUCACUCUUGGGGGCCUCGGCAUCCAGACACAGCCAGGUCUCUACUUCCUAGGGUCACUUGGGGUCUGAACCGAAGGCAGCCCGGCUCAGUGCCCUGUACCGGCGCCACGCUGGGGUGGGGGGCGGGGGUCCCAGGGCCCUCACUCCGGUGGGAGGGCGGAGGGGUGCAGGAGGAGGGUGGUUAUCUCUGCCGCCCCUGCUUUCUCCCCAAACCUGGCGGUAUCAACGGAGGCCUGGCGGCCCUCCCCCUCCUCCCUGGGGUCUCUUGCCGGCCCGGGGCUGCCCAGACCCCAGGGAGGUGUUGAGAAGGAGGAGGCCCUUCCUAGGCCAGUUCUCGAGGCGGCGAGGGGGGAACAGUUCAACGGGGCCGUGAGAUCCCGCGGUCGCAGAGGCACCGUUCUCAAGAGCCUCGUCCCUCACUCCUCAAACAUCACCGCGACCAGGGGCCCCGGAGAGGACUCAAAGGCGGCAGCACCUGCUCCGCCAGGCUCAGUCUCCAGCACCGCAUGUCCCAGCAGCACGAACACAGCCCCCAGACCCAAACCUUGACCAAGCAAAGACCCCCAGCCAGCACAAAGGGAGAGCCACAUCAUCUCCCGCGGGACGCAGCAGCGGCAGGGGCGGGGGAGACGUGGCCAGCGGGUGGGGGACAAGGGAGGCACAUAUUUAUUUUUCUUUUUUGGGUCACAGCCAGCGAUGCUCAGGGGUUACUCCCGGCGGUGCUUGGGGGACCCUAUGGGAUGUUGGGAAUCGAACCCGGGCCGGACCCGUGCCAGGCAAACACCCUCCCCGCUGUGCUAUCGCUCCAGCCCCUGGAGGCACAUUCUUGCUUGAAGCCAGCAGCCAGCCUCCUUGUGGGUGCAAGAAGGGGGUACCCCAAAGGUAUCUGCCUUUCCCCGCUGCAUUCCAAGGUGGCCUCUCUGCCCUUAGCCCCCCGACACACUAGGAUCCCCCCCUGCUCCCCAGACUCCGGAGGCCCUAUAGCCAGGGCUGCCGAGAGAGUCCGGAACCCUCCAACUUGCAAAGGAGAGACAAAUGGGGCUCGCUGACUCCCUGGGGCCAGGUGGAACCCAAGUGUCCCCUCGCUGCCCCCUGAGUCCAGCAGCCCCGCCCGGCCUCAGGACAGCACCCUCACCCCGACUCCCCCAGCCACACGGGCUCCCUGCUGUCCUCUGUUAAGCGUCACUCCCCCCUCGGGCCCCAUCUUUAAGCCUCCCCUGAGACAGAAGAAACUGGCCCCGUCUCCCGAGAGUCUGCUCCCCCAACUCCCGCCCCAGCCGCGCCCCAGCCUCUGAGGAGCUCUCAGACGCGACAGAGGUCCUGGUUUCCCAUGUCUGGUGUGGGGGAGGGGGCCACCAGAUGUUACCGAGGGUUGAUUUCUGGUCUCUGUCAGCCCAGCUGCCGGAAUUGAGCACCGGGUCUCCCUUCCCACGGGGCACCCCCGGCCUGCUCCCCCUCUCUGCCUCGCUGCCCCCCUCCUGCCUCUUUUCUGUCACCAGACUGGAGUGGCUGGCAGGGUGGGGUGGGGGCUCCUGACACCCGGAAGCCUUGGCCAGGCAGGGGCAGCACAUGCACUGAAGGGUGGGUGGCUGGGUUGGGGAGGGAGGACUCCUGAGUGAGGGGCUGAGGACAGGUUGGGAGUGAUGGAGGAGCAGAGAGGACGCUGCCCACAGGUGGGGGUCCACACACAGACGGGAAGGCCCCUAGGCCCCCUUCACGUCGGGUCUCUGGCUGGCUGCACACACCCGAGCCCCUGCUUCCGAACUCUGCUGAAGCCCACUGGGACAGCAGAGCCUGUGUCAGGCCUCGGUGGCCCUCCUCACGGGGGGCUCACCCAGGCCGCUGCCCGCUCUGGGACUGGCAGCUCUGCCCUAAGCCGGGGGCUCAGAAGCCCAGCCUGAGCCAGGGUCCAGAGCGGGGUGAAAACCGGGCCUUCUUGCCUCGUACCCCGCCACAUGCACCCAUUCCGGGCCGGGCCUGGGAGCCCUGUGCCCCCUGCCCAGAGCCCAGGCCCCGGGGCUAGAGCAAGCCUCAUACCCUCCCCAGGGUGCCCGGGCCUUCUAUUUCCCUCGGAGGGCAAAGCUGGAGACGGAGCUGCCCUCGGAACGGGAGGGGCCACCGAGUGCUAGGGACCCCAGUCACGGCUUCCGGGGUGCAGCCCAAGUGCCCCAAGACACCCCCCCUCUUUGCCCCCUCAAUUGUGUUCACUUGGUCCCAGUUCCAGAAUAAUGUAAGUGGGAGGUAAAAGGGGCUUUUCCCACCAUUCUGGGGGGCGCCGUGCCCUGCCUUGGGGGGAGGCUGCCUGGCGGUCUCCAGAGGCGCACACACCCCUCAGCCCUGAGUCCUUUACCCCCAAGACCCUUGCCCCCACCUGUUUUCCAGUUUCCUGCCAGAACACCUCUUGGUCCCCAAUUAGGCUUCCCCAUUAACCAUCUGGCCCCCAGCCCUGUGUUCUGCUGUACAUACCUUCUUGCUUCCCCCUCCCCUACGAAGGGGGCAUCCCCUAUGUGCCCCCUGCCCUUCACACCAUCAGAGAGAACCUCUCUGGGGAAAGGUAGGGCGGCUGCACCCAGCAACGAACCCAAAUGGCAAAUAUUUUGUAACAAAAUAGCCCAGAGGUAUUUUAUCUGUUCAAUUCAUAGAAUUUUAGAGAUUAUAUUGAAAUAUGUCACUUG